AUGAGAGGACAUAUACUCCUGUGCCUUUUUUUCAUACCAUUUUGUUCAAUAAACUAUGGUGCCAGUGGCUAUUUGCUUGGCCAUGAGUGUUCCAUGUUGCUCCAUUUGAAAAAUAGCCUAACAUUCAACCCUACAAUAUCCAAAAAGCUUACUCUUUGGAAUCAAAGUGAAGAUUGCUGCCAAUGGCAUGGUGUGACAUGCAAUGAAAGUCGUGUUAUAGCCCUUGAUCUCAGUGAGGAGUCUAUCUCCGGACAACUUCUUAAUUCAAGUGUUCUUUUCAGCCUUCAAUAUCUUCAAAGAUUGAAUUUGGCUUUCAAUAACUUACGUUUGGUGAUUCCUUCUGCACUUCACAAGUUGAAUAAUUUGAAGUAUUUGAACUUGUCAAAUGCUGGCUUUGAAGGGCAGAUUCCACUUGAGAUUUCUCACCUCAGAAGGUUAGUUACUCUUGACUUGUCUUCUUCAUUUUCCUCAUCACCUCACAGCCUGAAACUCGCAAGGCCAAAUUUAGCAAGGAUUUUACAAAACCUUACAGAUAUCACAGAAUUAUAUCUAGAUGGUGUAGUGAUAUCUGCCAAUGGACAGGAAUGGUCUCAUGUUUUAUCUUCGUUGCACAACCUACGUGUUCUGAGCAUGUCAUCAUGCAAUAUCUCUGGACCUAUUGAUCCUUCCCUUGCUAAGCUUCGGUCACUCGCUGUUCUAAAUUUAAGCUACAAUAACAUGUCUAGCACAAUACCAGAUUCCUUUAUGAAUUUCUCUAAUCUAGUCACACUAAAACUAAGAAGUUGUGGCUUGAAUGGUUCUUUUCCCAAAGAUAUCUUCCAUAUACCAUCAUUAAAGGUCCUUGACAUCUCAGACAAUGAAGAUCUUCUAGGUUCUUUGCCAAACUUCCAACCACGUGGUUAUCUUCAUGACAUGAAUCUUAGCACGACAAGUUUCGCAGGAAAGCUUCCGGGUGAAAUUUCCAACUUGAAGCAUUUAUCUACAAUUGAUCUAUCUUACUGCCAAUUUAAUGGAAUACUUCCUACUUCAAUGUCAGAACUCACCCAACUAGUUUAUCUAGACUUGUCUUCCAAUAACUUUUCAGGUCCACUCCCUUCUUUUAAUAUGUCCAAGAAUCUCACAUAUUUAUCCAUCUUUCAUAAUCAUUUAACAGGAAUGUUACCAUCCAGUCAUUUUGAGGGCCUUGAAAAUCUAGCCAACAUUGAUUUGGGGUUCAACUUGUUCAAAGGGACUCUUCCCCCAUCUCUACUUAAGCUCCCAUAUUUGCGAGAACUUAAACUUCCCAAUAAUCAACUCAGUGGUCGCUUGGAUGAGUAUGUGAUUACUUCCCAUGUAUUAGAGAUGCUUGAUUUGGGUAGCAACAAUUUGGAAGGACCUAUUCCUUUGUCUAUAUUUAACCUUAGAGCACUUCGUGUCAUUCAACUUAAUUCAAACAAGUUUAAUGGCACAAUUCAAUUGGACAUGAUUCGCAGGUUGAGCAAUCUAACUUCAUUAUGCCUCUCGCAUAACAAUUUGUCAGUUGAUAUAUACUCUAGAGAUGCUCGUGACCUGUCACCCUUUCCUGCUCUAAGAAAUGUAAUGUUGACAUCAUGCAAGCUGAGAGGAAUCCCUAGUUUUUUGAGAAAUCAAUCAAAGUUACUACGUCUUGAGCUAGCUGAAAAUGAGAUUGAAGGGACAAUACCUUACUGGGUUUUGCAACUUGAAUAUGUUGUUUACUUGAACCUUUCCAAAAAUUUCCUAACAAAAUUUGAAGGAAAUGUUCGGAACCUUAGUUCAAAUCUUUUGGUUUUUGAUGUUAGUUCCAACCAACUACAAGGACCCUUUCCUUUCAGUCCAACGUUGGUAAAUUAUUUGGACUACUCAAACAAUAGAUUAAACUCGGUCAUUCCAGUGGACAUUGGAAAUCGUCUCCCUUUCAUAAAAUGGUUGUCUCUUUCAAACAACGAUAUUCAGGGACAGAUUCCUGAAUCCUUUUCAAAUGCUUCAAGUCUGGUCCUGCUGGAUCUUUCUCACAAUAACUUUGUUGGAACCAUUCCCAGAUGCUUUGCUAAGUUGAGUAGCACUCUUCGGGUGUUGAACUUUGGUUCAAACAAACUUCAAGGAUAUAUUCCUGAUACUUUGCCAGCUUUAUGUACUCUCAAGUUAUUGGACCUAAAUAACAAUCUCUUGGAGGGUAUCAUCCCAACAUCAUUAGCUUAUUGCCAGAAACUACAAGUCCUAAACCUUCGAAGAAAUUCAUUAACCGACAAAUUUCCUUGUUUCUUAAGUAAUAUUUCCACCUUACGAAUCAUGGAUUUACGGUUGAACAAACUUCACGGGUUAAUUGGAUGCCCAAAAAGCAGUGGUGAUUGGGAAAUGCUCCAUAUUGUUGAUAUAGCCUCCAAUAAUUUCAAUGGUCCAAUACCAGGAGCUUUAUUGAACAGUUGGAAAGCAAUGAUGCGAGACAAUGUUAACGCUGAACCAGAACUUGGCCACUUAUUCAUUGAUAUCAUUGACCACUAUGAUCCCAAGAAUUAUAAGGAUUUGUUGUUACAUUUAGACAAAGUUAUUGUAGCAAAAUUAACUAAACUUGUUACAAACAUAUCUCGCUCUAUCCUUGACCAGGGAUCAUCAGAUUCUUUUGCAGUGGAUUUUUCUCGGUAUCAAAAUUCAAUUCUUAUUACAAAUAAAGGUCAACAAAUAAAUUUGGCCAGAAUACAGAGGGCCUUCACUUACGUGGACAUGUCAAACAACAAUUUUGAGGGUCCAAUACCAAUUGAGCUAAUGCAGUUCAAGGCAAUAAUGGCUCUUAACUUGUCAAAUAAUGCCCUCUCAGGUCAUAUCCCAUCGUCUAUUGAGAAUUUGAAGAAUCUUGAAUCCUUAGACUUGUCAAACAAUUUUUUAAAUGGAGAAAUCCCGAGACAGCUUGCAAGUCUAAAUUUUCUUGCAUAUUUGAAUCUCUCAAACAAUCACCUGGUGGGUGAAAUUCCGAAGGGAACCCAAAUUCAAACAUUUGAAGGAGAUUCCUUUGAAGGAAAUGAAAAGUUAUGUGGGCCUCCACUGACCCGUAUUUGCAGCAAUCCUGGAGUGCCAACACCUGAAACACCUCAAUCUGAUACCAAGAGUUCAAUUGAUUGGAGUUUAUUAAGCGCAGAGUUAGGGUUUAUUUUUGGCUUUGGAAUUUUCGUCCUCCCCCUUGUUUUCUGGAGGAGAUGGAGGUUCUGGUAUUCCAAACUCGUGGAUGAGAUGCUUUACAAGAUCAUCCCCCAGCUUGAUUUUGUGUAUGAAUACCAACGAGGGCAGAGAUGUAAAACUCUAAGGUGGAGGCCCUGA